AUGUAUUCAUUCUGCAAGAGGUGCAGAAGUAAAUUCAUUCCUACAGAUCAACUAUGUUUGUUUAGAGAGGCUAACGGUGGUGCUCAUCUAGCAAUAAGAUCAACAAAUACAACAACAACAUCUCAGAGUGAUGUACCUGUUGAACUUAAUUAUAAAGGCAGCAAUACCAACAAUGAUCAUUGUAGUAGUAGUAGUAGUAGUAUUAGUAGUAGUGACCGAAUCUCAGUUGCUAAAGAUCAGAUCGAUAAUGACAAUGCCGAUUUCUAUCUGGUGGAAGACCUCCGAGGAAGAGCGCAGAUACCAUUCAAGAUACUCCAUAGACACUGUCAAUACGAGAUAGGUAGUGUCAUCCGAAAGUUUGGUGAUCGUUACAUGUUCUGUUUGAAUCCGGAUUCCAUCUCUUUGAGUCAGACCUAUCUAGAGGAUAGCAACUCCGCCGCCGAUGUCGGUACUGCCGCCGCAAAUGGAGUUCCUACAACCGUGGUCGCCAAUAAGAAAUGGAGAUCUUUCGAUAAUCAAUAUUAUUCAGAUCUAAAUAUUGAAGUUAUCGAGAGUGUCGAUGUCUAUCAAGAGAAUUCUUCACAGUUUGCCAAUAACAAAGAAUCAAUCUCCAACAACAACAACAAUAACAAUAAUAAUAAUAACAACAAUCAAGAUGAUUUAAUCUAUAUGCCAACAAAGAUACCAGAUACCAUUUCAUUCUCAUUGAUGUCAUUGCUAAACAUUCAAGAUCUCUAUGAUUUUCAAAUUGAAACACUUUACAGAGCAACCAAACGUAAUACUAUUUUAGUUGUUCCAACAGGAUAUGGUAAAACAAUUGUAUCUAUUCUUUUGAUGAAACAACUACAUCCUUUGAAUGGAAGAUUACUCAAUGAGAUGACUGCCAAGAGAAUGAUAUUGUUUGUUGCAGAUCGUGUCCCGCUCGUAAGACAACAGUGCGCUGCCAUUCAGUAUCAUGUCGGGUCGGAAUUCGUGGUUUCUUCGAUUCACAGUGGCGAGCGAUCCGAUUUCCAGAGUGCCAAUGUCAGACGUCCCGACGUCUUGGUGUGCACUUCCGACUCGAUCUUGAAUCUUCUCCACGGAAAGGUGUUGAAACCGAUCGAUUUCUACUUGGUGGUCUUUGAUGAAGCGCAUCAUUGCGGUGGUUCGCACUCGUAUUCACGUCUCGCCAAGUUACUACAAUCGAUUGGCGACGAACGGCUGCGCCCGCGCAUCUUUGGUAUGACUGCUUCGCCUACGACUGGAACACGCUCCAAUAUGAGGAUAUCGAUGGUCGGUCUAGAAAAGGAGAUGGGCGCAUCGCUCUACAUUCCACCGUCGAUCGAUAUGGUGCGCAAUCAGACCGACACCACGGUGAUGUCGAUCGUUGAAUACCGGCUGAGUAACGCCGAUUGCCUGGUGAUCGACGUCAUCGAGCAAUCGAUCGUUCAGAUCAUCGAGUGUUUUCUCAGAGAGUUGGAUAACUAUAGUAACCCUCUGAAGUAUGCCCGAAUGAAUAGGGGAGCUUUUAUCUUUCAUUGUCGUGUUCUGGAGAGAUAUGUCUUCGAACGCAAACUCGUUCAUCUGAGUUAUCAUCCCUAUCAUCUAACACAGUUACUCGAGUUGAUUUCACUCAUUGAGUUGGAAGGACUGGUUAAACUACAACAACAACUGGUCAACAAGAUCGAAGAGCAAGAGAAUCUAGCAUUCAAGUCGACACUCGAAGAGAUUAGUAUAGCAGUAAACGAGAUAAUGACAAGUUGUUCAUCCAGUAGUAACAGUACUAUUAGUAAUGAAAUAGCUACUUCUACAACUCCUACUACUUCAGAUAACCAGUUGUUUAAAACUAAACUAAAACUGUUGGAAGAGAUUAUCGAACAGAAUCUUAAUGAUUCUUUAUCGGCUAUUAUUUUCGUGCAGACAAAGACAACAGUGUCGAGUGUACUUCGUGCGCUAAAGAAGAAACAUUUCAACAGUUUUCUACAUGCUAAAAAGUUGAUUGGACAUUAUAUGGCGGAUGGUGGAAUGGAUUUGGAGGAGCAGCAAGAGAUACUAGCGAAAUUUAAGGAUAAUGAAUGUCGACUGCUUGUUGCCACUUCUGUACUUGAAGAGGGUAUCGAUAUUCCUGCUUGUAAUCUCAUUAUUUGCUUCGAUGACGACUUGCAGCUGCGCUCGCUCAUUCAACGUCGUGGACGUGCACGUUCUGCCAACAGCAAGUUCUAUGUGUUCAAACAGUAUAGCGAUCCCAAUCGUUUGAAAAACCUGGCGUAUCGCGAGGUAUCAAUGCAGAAAACCAUUGUUUCACUGAACCGCAAGCACCAGAGAAAAGCCGACAAGUUUGACUCGCGCGAUAUCCUUCAAAAGUACCAGUCCUACAUCGUCAGCAAUAUGAUUGCUCUCGAUGGAACACUGGUCGAUAACACCAGUGUCAAUACAUUGAUCUUUAUCUUUUACUAUGUGUCGCCCGAUGUAGAUUACUACCAACUAUUCACAUCGAACGGCUAUCGAAUCAAACAAUAUCAACCUAUCAACAGUGGUAACAAAUACUUGGCCAUGAGAUUGAUGGUUUCCAUUGAGACUUCAACGACCGUUACCAAUUUGAUAAGUUUACUUCAAUCGAUAUUGAAUCAACAGAGAUAUAUUAUCGAUAUCAAUUAUAAGAAACCACAACCACAAAAACAAUUACAAUCACAAAAACAAUUACAACAACAAGACAAACAACAACAACAACAACAACAACAAACUUAUUUAUCAGGUAUUCCAAUUAAAUUACAAGGUGGUAAUUUCAUUGAUCAAAUACAAUUCUCAUUGGCAUGGGAACACUCUGUUACUUUGUAUGUAAAGAACGGUCAUUUAUCAUUCCGUCAUCAGACCAAUGGUGGUAACAGAACGGUUGAGGUUGUAACUAUACAAUCGGAUCUAUUCCAUCGUGUAUUCUACGAUAUUGAGACUGGUUACCACUAUCUCAUUUUGAAUCGUCCAUCAAGAAUAUUGGUAUUAAAGUCUGGUGCUGUUGUCGAUCGUCUCGGACAACUACCCUACACAAAGCGAUCCACUCCUCCCACACUUGUCUAUAGAUUCAAACUCGCCGGACAACGCCACAACCUCAUCUCUGAACUACUCAAUAUUCCACUAGUCUAUUGUUCAUUCUCAACCACAACACUUCCAAUUGAAACAUUCAAAGCGAAAAUAGAAUAUCAAUUUCCAAAAGAGAUAACUUAUUUAUUAUCUGUAUUAGAAAGUAAUCAUAAAUUUGGAAACUUGAUUAUUCCAAAGGAAUUCUAUGACGAUAUAUAUUAUUUGUUGGCGAAUGACCAUGUCGAGCAAGCAGAGUAUAUGAUAUUCUGUGCGAUCGAUGCAUCUCCUUUUAGUUGUCCGUCUUGGAACAAUAUUCCACCGCGUGCCAAAUCCAACGUGAAGCCACUCAAUGCCAAUUUCUGUUGGAUCAAGAAAGCCUAUGUUACACCGAGUCGUAUCUUGUUCCAACGCCCGCUUAUGGUUCAAACCAAUAGAGCGAUUCGUUUGUUUGGACCGGAUCGUUUCCUCAUGGUGCAAAUCACCGAGGAGACAAUCAGUGACUCGAUCGACUAUCAACCGCUGAUCUCCAAGUUGAUGUUGGAUAAGCUUAUCGAUGGAAUAGCUGUUGCCGGUUACGGACAAUAUCAUUUCCUCGGUUACAGUAACUCGCAGCUGCGAAAGAAUACCUGUUGGUUCUACUGUCCCGAUGCCAUAGAUUCACUGGACGAUGCACCGUCACUCGAUGACGUCAAACAGAUUCUCAUAGGUGACACAUCGAUCUAUACGGAACCAAGACAAUAUCUUCGUUCACUUUCCUUGGUAUUCCCUUCGACCACGCCAUCUCUGUUGAUUCCGGCCGAACACAUCCACGAAGUGCCCGACGUCGUCAGUGCGAACACCGGUCAGAUUUUCUCGGAUGGAAUCGGUUAUAUUGGCAAGCGUGUUGCACUCCAAGUGAUUGAAUUUGCCUCGCUUCCAGAGGAGACCUGUGCAUUCCAGAUUAGAAUAGCAGGAUACAAAGGUGUCGUGACAAUUCAUCCGACGAUCGACGACGGAAUCUACUUGCGUCCUAGCAUGAAGAAGUUCCAAGCGGAUCUGACACAGCAGCACAAUUGCAUAUUGGAGAUAAUCAGUAUCAACGGAGACAAUCCUUGUCAUCUCAAUCGUCAGGUGAUCAACUUGCUCUCGGGACUCGGUGUUCCCGACCAGUAUUUCCUGCGGCUACAAAAAGAGGCGCUAAUGGACUUGGCCGAUCUGCUCCAUAAUCCUGCCGAGUCGAUUCGAUGCUCCGAAGACUUGCCAUGGCUUCGCACCAUUGAAAAAGAAGAUCUCCGAUCGGAUCCGAUGAUUCGUUCGCUCGUCCAUCUCGUCUACCAAAAGAGUAUUGCUGAGUACAGUGAUAAAUGCUUCAUUCCCAUUGCCAAUGGUAAGACAAUCAUCGGUGUAUUGGAUGAAACAGGAUUGCUUGAAGCCGGACAAGUCUAUAUCAAUAUUUAUAAUACCAAGAAUGGCCAAUCCAUGGUGAUUCAAGGUGCGGUUGCAGUGUGUAAGAAUCCUUGUUUGCAUCCGGGUGACGUUCGUAUUCUUCAAGGUACCGACAUUGAGUUGUUGAGUCACCUGAAGAAUGUCGUUGUGUUUUCAGCGCGUGGCGACAAUCCUGAUUUCAAAAAGUGCAGUGGCAGUGAUUUGGAUGGUGACCGUUACUUUAUUUGCUAUGAUCCCGAAGUCAUCUCAACGGUGCGCCAAUACGAAGACUACCACUAUGAGGAUCCAAUCAAAGUGAAACAAACGAUACCCAUCAAUCAAAGCACAAUAUUAGCACAGUAUCUUAAAUCCAUUGAUAAAGGUACGCUCGGUAAGAUUGCGCUCUCUCACUUGGCUGUCAGUGACAGACUGACUCCUCUCGAUCCACUGGCUAUCGCUCUGUCGAUUCAACAUUCGAUUGAAGUCGAUUCUCCUAAGACUGGAGUACAUGUAUCGGCAUACUAUCAUUGUGCUUAUAAGGAUCAGAAACAUCCACUCUACAGUUUCUAUUGGAUUGUUAAACAAUUCUUUAAUAAUGAAGUGACCAUAAGUUCGACAACUGCAGGUGCAAGUGAAUCACCGGCUGUUGUUGUUGGCAAACCAAUUGAUAUCGUUCAUUACUUCACUAUCAAUUCAUUGGAGAUGUUCAAGAUCUAUACCAAUCGAUUGCAGUUGGUAACAUCGAUUGAGAAUAUACUGAGGGCGUAUCAUCCUGGUCUUAGAGACUGUAGAAUUGGAAUCUACGGUUCACAAUCGAUGUUCCUCUUCAAUGAGUCAUCCGACAUUGACUUGUAUCUCAGCAUUCCAGAGGAAUCGGAACUAAGUGGUGCCAGUCAGAUCUCCAUCUACAAGAUAUUGGAAUCGAUAUUCACCAACAAUGACAUCGAUGUCAAGAAUAUCGAAAUCAUAGAGAAUGCACUCUUCCCUAUCGUCAGAUUCCGUAUGCUUCACACCAACUGUGACUUGUCCCUAGAUGACAAUGGUUUCAAGAAGACCAAAUUGAUUUGUGAAUACUUUAAACAAUAUCCAUUCUUACUUCCAUUAUCGUAUGCAAUCAUCCAAUGGGGUAGAGAAAGUGGAUUAUUAACUGGAUGCAACAAUAACAUCAACAUCAACAACAAAAUCAACAACAACGAUAAUAAUAAUAAUGGUGACUCAGCAAAUAAGGUUGAAAAAGUUAGAACACUUAAAACAUGGUCAUUACUGUGGAUGGUUAUACACUUUUGUUUACAAUGUCAAAUUAUACAAAAGAUUGAUUUCGAUGAGCAGGCUUACCAGGCGAAAAAGCAGAUCGAUAACAAUCCAGUUCAAUGGUGGAUAGAUCUGUAUCAAGCGAUUCAAAUUCCCGAUGGCCAUGCACAGCUGCUGAGCGAAUAUCUUCGUAGUUUCUUUAGAUUCUACAUUGAAUUCUUGGGUACUAGCAUCUACUCGGGAAUAAGAAUGGUCGUUGUAUGUCCACUCGAUGUGGAAGAUGUUCCCAGUCUGGUUGUGACACCCGAUUCCGUCUAUCUCUUUGAAAGCUUCCAGAUUGCCUAUCACACAUUGUCGUCCAGUAGCAACAUCACCUCGUUCCUCAGCAAAUCAUUGAACCACAAUGUCAAGCAUAUCAACCUGGACAGUCGUAUCUCCAAGAUCAUCAGAGAACAGGAGGAAUACUUUGAGACUAAAGCCGAGGAAUCCUAUUUGGAAUUCGGUGCCGCUUACUACCGCCAGAUGGAACGUGUCUACAAGUAUUAUGAUCCCGAUGAAUACGGAGAGAUUCGUGCAUUCCUCAGGUUUGGAUCGGUCUAUAUCUUCAAUGUUCCGUACAACGGAUUCCAAAAGAGUGUUGCCGAUACUCGUAAAUCUCUGUAUGCUCCCGGUAGUAGGAAAAUGGUAUCAUUCAACGAACAAAAGGUUACACUACCCAUUGAGACAACAAAGAUUAUUGCCAAACAACGCAAUCAGUUGAUUGUUAACAAAAUGAAAUCUGUAAUUCCGUUGGAUCAUUUAAUAGCGCCACCCAUAAUGGAAUCUGAUACACCUGAUUACGGAUCUGAAACAACCCCAACAACCACAUCGAUAGUACCAACUCCACAAUCACCAACAUCAACAACAACAAAUAACAACAACAACAACAAACAAAAGAAAUUCAAGUCAAUAGAAAACAAACCGACACAACAUCAAUUAUCAAAUUCCAGUACUAAUUCUCUUACAAUUCCUACACAUAAAACAAACAUAACAAAACCAAAAAAAGAGAAACAGGAUCACAACAACAAAUCAAAGAAUUUAACUAAACAGGACAACACUUUAAUCACACCCAAAUCCACCAAUACGAUUACUAUCGCCAAUCCAUCACCACCACAAAAACAACAAGAAUCAACUAAAUCCAAAUCAUCUAAGCCAAAGGUGUGGGUACCUAAAACCCAAAACAAUACAACCGCUCGACCAACAACAAAUAUACCUCAUCCAGAUACUUCAAAUACCACAACAAUUACUAGCGAUAUACCAAAACGUGAUCCAACCAAAAACAAUCAAGAUACACCUGUAAUAACUUCAACUACCAAUGAACCAUCAACCACUCUAAAUACAACAACGAUUUCAGAGAAUAACAAUACACCAACAACAAAAUUACUGUCUAUAAAUGCACCAAUCUUCAUACCAAAAGUACAACCACCACAACAAAAAGUACCGGCAAACAAUCAACCAACAAUUGAACAACCAAUUCAACAACAACAACAACAAACUCUACAACAGAAACAACAACAAACUCUACAACAGAAACAGCAACCAAAUGUCUCAAAUUCAACACAAGUUAAGCAAUCCAACAAAUCAAAACCAAAAUGGAAACAACCUAAAUCUAAAUCCAAAAAAACAGCAGCAAAAACAACAAUAAUCACCAACUCUUCAGUAAAUCCAACAAAUCUAUCCAACCUUACUACACCAAAACCAAUUGCAAAACCAAAUGUCUCCAAUGUUGCUCCUAGUAAUACUGACGAAACAUCGGUUGAUAUUGGUGGCAGCAAAGUACGAUCUAUGAAACUCAAGAUUGACUUUAGCAAAGAAGAGCAUAAGGGUAUCUAUACUGCAAAGAAUCCAAAAUCAUCGUUUGCUGUCUAUAUUGUCGAUUACGACGAAACAAUGAGGAGGUUACAAUCUUUAGGCUGGAGUGUUGUCGAUACUCCCAAUCUACCGCAGGAUUUCGUAAGUGAAUUCUACUCCGUGUCAUUCUUCAAUUUCGCCAAAAGAAUUGAAAUGAAAAUCUGGGCGGAUACCGACCUCAACACCUACAGACUCGGUAACACCAACUUGGGAUGGCUAACCAGUGACUACAAGACCAACCAAGAUAAACUGGAUGUCCGUUACUCCAUUCAAUCAAAGAAAGUCUACUGUGAGAACUCUUAUGAAUACCAGAAAUAUAUGAACAAACCUAUAAUUCAAUUCAAUAACAAUAAUAAUAAUAAUAAUAAUAGUAAUAACAAUAAGAAGGUAGAGCAACAAGAAGUAAACAACAAUAAUAUCGAUGAUCCACUUCAAGAACAACCGAUAGCAUCUGAAGAGGUAGUCAGCGAUGAACCCGAGAAGAAAUUUAUUAUCGCGCCAGAGUUUAGAGAUUCAGUUUAUCUGAUUAGACAUCAUUUUGAAAUCAAAAGAUUGAAACCACCCCCAAACCAUCCGCUGUCUGAUUAUAAUCUUGGUGCUACCAUCAGAAAGAGUCAUGAAUUUACCAAUGAAGGUAUACUCUACAAUGUAAAGUCGGAAUUAGAAAUCGAAUUGAACAUUCCUAAACAAGAGAAUAUCCACAAAUUCAUAUUGUUGUAUUGGAUUGAUAAUCCUUUAGUUAUUCUCAAAGAAACCAAUGCUACACCUUCUUUUAUCUUUUAUGCAUAUGGUAACAGUGUUGUAAAAUAUGACAUUAUUCAAAAUAAAAGAUACAUUCAACAAUAUGGAAGAUAUCAAAUCACUCAUUUAAUUGAAUCUUGCAAACAUUCAUCAUCUUCAUUCUACAUUAUCAAUAAAAAUAAUGCAAUCUAUAAAUACAAUAUUAAUAAUAAUCAACAAAAAGAAAGAGUAGAAGUUGCUUAUCAUUUAAAUCAAUUAUCAAACUGUCCGAUCAUAUAUAUAGAAUCACUAAUUGAUGAUAGAUUGUUAAUUCAUUAUCAAAAUGAAGAUAAUACAUCGAAAUGCUACUGUAUUUAUGAUUUGCAUUCAAAUGAUAUCAUAUAUUCUAAAUCAAAUAUAAACAAAAUCAUUGUUGUCAGUUCUAAACAUGAAUGUUGUCAGUUCAUUGAACAACAAGAGAAUAGAGUAAACCUAGUUACUUUCACCUUCGAUAGUAGAGAAUGUUUAGAGAAAAGUAAAGAAGUUAAUAAUGUCAAAGAUGAUAUCCUUGCUUUAUAUGGCAGUGAUAUUGUGUUUAUCAUUCAUCAGGAUCAUUUAGAAAUGACGUUAUGGAAUAUCAAUGAUAAUAGUUCAAGUGUUGUUUCGAUUGAUCAGCAACAACCACAAAUACCAGCUAAAACAAUUAAAUCAAUUAAACUUAUAGAUAACAAUACUAUCUUCUUUGAAUUCAUUGCCUACAAUAAUGAAUUGUCAUAUUCAUUGUUCAGUAUUAAAAAUGGAUGGAGAAAUAUCAAUAUAAGCACAACAAAUAGUGAUAACAACUUUCAAUCGAUUCUUUUAUCGAAUGAAUAUCUAGUUAUAUCAAGAAACAAUCAACCAAAUCAACUACAAAUAAUAUCAUUGCAAUAUGGAGAAGUCGAUAAACGAAUGAUCUUUGAUGAUCAAAUGGAAUCAGAGAUAUUAUCAAUGAAUCAUAUUGGUGCAUCUUUGUUACUUGUUGAAUGUAAAAAAUCUCUUUUUGUAUUAAGACCAAACAAUUCAAACAACAUAAAUAACAACAAUGACAAUGAUUAUCUCUCACAAAUCAAAUUAUCAACCAAACAAUAUGAUCAAAUCAAAACAAGAGAGAUUAUAACAAAUAUCUUAAAAAAUAACAAUAUUAAUAUUGAACAAUUGAACUCUAUAUUCACAGUUUUAAAAGAAUCAUCAUUGAAAUCGGAAUCAAGAUUAUUCUCGUUGCUUUGUUCAAAGCUAACGAAUGAUACUAAAUACCUAUCGGUAUUUAAGAAUCAAAAAUGUAAAUCAAGAUUGAUUGUUGGUGAUGGUGAUUUCUCGUUCACGAUGGCAUUGAUCAAUAAACACAAAUCAACACACCCAUUGCUUGCCAACUCUCUUACCACCUCUGAACUCUCAAUGUCUCCAUUCAAAUCACAUGAAAUCAACUCUCGAAUGGAACAAUUGAAUGAACUUGGUGUUCGAACCAUUGUUGGACUAAACUCCAACGACAUCUCAAAUGUAUUUCAAGGUCAGCGAUUCAAGCGUAUUCAAUGGAACAAUCCUUGGCCGUUUUGGUCAUUAAGUAUCUACAAGAAUUACAUCAGCUCAGUACUACCUUCUUUCUAUGUAUCGGCAUCGCAAUUACAGCAGCCAGGUGAUCGUAUCCACAUGACCCUUGUACAGGGGAGUGAAGAUUUUAAAUUCCGUCAAAUGGAGAAUCCAUUGGUUCGAGCUUCAUUCCGUGCCAACUAUCGUUUGAUUAGAAAACGUCGACUCAGUAAUACUAGAUAUCCAGGAUAUUUUCAUCAUUACACUGGAUUGGCUCAGAAAUUGAUUGGAGAUUCCAAACGUGAGUUCAUUUUCGAAAAGGUUGACCCAAAAGAGACAAUGGAAAUCAACAAUUUCACACAGGAUUGGGAUGAGAUCAGAGUUCAAGCUACCAAACUCAGAGAUACCAACAAAAAGUAUUAUGAAAUCAAACCACAUGAAAAGAUAACCCGUAUGGUUCAGAAUACAGAGGUAACAUUGGAAGAUAACUAUUUCGAUUGUAGUACUGAUGAUGAUUCCUCUGACUAUUUCGAAUCUGGAAGUGAUAGUGAUGACUGA